AUGUUUUCGACACUCUCCGGAGCGGCGCGCGCGUCGGCGUCGGCCGCCAACGGUUUCGGCAGCCGCGAGCCCAAUGCAUUUGGCCAAGAUGGUGCGAGCGCCGGGAGCCUGCAAAGGAAAAACAAGCGGAGGCCACGCCACUCGGAUGCGAACCAAAACGACGGCGACCGCGGAGUUAACCCGUUCAGCCCCAAGAACGCGGAUCGCGGCGACGGCGGCAGGCAGAAUUCGAAACGGGGCGGCCCAGAGAAGAAAGGCCCGGACGGCAGCAACCGCUCGAGGCAUCGCCUCGCUCCAAAGUGGCAAGCUCUUCAGGAUGUCACAGGUCCAGACGAGUCCCUACAAAGCUACAGCUCUACUGACGAAUCGUCCCCCCCUCCCUUGAGAAUGACGCCCCCCCGAUCCGACGACCCUUUUGCGAAGCGCAUUUACGACAAGCUUCGCAAGGAUGGAAUCUCCCCGCCGCAAUGGCCUGACAAGCCCGGGGACGCCAACAGCUCGUACGAAAUGACGCAGUUCCGAGAACUUCACGAGGUAUAUCGACGCAAAGCCCGGGCAUCCCUCACGAGGGCUGGCUUGAUUGACGAUCCCGAAAAGCGCAAGCGGCUGAGCGACGCCAUCGAAUUCAAGGGAGUCUGCGAGGACAUGUGUCCCGAGUUUGAGAAGAUCACCCGCAUCACCGAGCAUGAUGUCAACAAGCCGGAAAGAGACCGCUCCACGGGCGUCACGCGUGUGCAUAUGAUGGUCAAGAAACUGGCCCGCUCUGCUGCUGGUCAAGAAGCUCCUCUGCCCAUGGACGUUCGCUCAGUUUCUGCCCUCCGACGUUCGCUCGACUACCUGAUUGACGUGGUCCUGCGCCGCGACGAAAACCUCUCUUCCGUCCACCCCUUUCUCUGGGACCGCACGAGGGCCAUUCGACGCGACUUUGCCUUUUUCUCUUCCAUGACGGAACAGGAAAUCAAGACUCAGGUCUAUGUCCUCGAAAAUAUUACCCGGUUUCACGUCACGUCUCUCCACCUCUUAUCCCGACCCGACCAAGAGGAGGACAAUUUUGUGGAACAGCAAGAGCUUGAACAGCUUGGAAAGACGCUCCUCUCGCUGCGAGACCUCUACGACGACUGCAAUGAGCAGGGUAUCCAGUGCCAAAAUGAGGCCGAAUUUCGAGCAUACUACCUUCUCUUCCACGGCCGCGAUCCAAGCAUCCUUGAAACCUUGCAGCGACAGUGGAAGCCGGACCUGUGGCGCGACUCGGAUGACGUGAGGACGGCUGUGUCUUUGGUCGAAGCUCUGCAGAGCACCCAAGAGUUCAUCGGGUCGAGGAAAGAAGGCGACGCCGGCCCGCUGCUUGCCGCCUCAGGCGCUCAGCUGUCCUACUUCCGCAUCGUCGAGGACGCCAAUGUUUCGUACACCAUGGCUUGCUUUGCAGAAUGCCACUUUCCGCACCUUCGGCGGUCAAUACUGGCAACUGUGAAGCGUGCUCUAGCCAGGCCCAAAAACCCGGUCCAGGACGUAACGACUGCAGCACUCAACGAGUUCCUCCGGUUCGACACUGUCGAAGAAGCCGUCCAAUUUGCCCAGCUGCACCGCUUGGACUUUACGCCCGAAGAGCUGAACCCUACGAACAGGGGUAGCCAGUCCCUCAUGUUGACUGAUCGAACCCCGUUACCCCACGUCAGGUUGAACCAUCAGUUCUCCCAGAGUUUGGUUGAGAGGAAGAGAGGCCAGGCGCCCCUUCCGAGUCUCAUCCACUCCACCGUGUUUGAAAACACGAGUCUUCCACAAGAUGCGCGCAAUGGAGUUAAGAACGAAGGCAGCCUCUUUGUGCCAGAAGACCAGGAGCCUGAGGUGGAACCGUCGUCAGAGAAUCCACCUACGGAGCUGGGCGGUUCCUCGAACGCAGGAGCAUCCGCACAAACACCGCCAUCUUCCUCACUCAAGUCGCGCAAAGUUUCUCCUCCCAAACUCCCAUUUGUAAUCGAAUCAGACACAGACGAUGAUGAUGCGCCGAAUGGUUCGGCCACUCCCCGGCCGCAACAGCAAAGCAAUCCAUUCGCGGUAAAACCAAAUCCCUUUGGCGGCUCAGCGUCUGGGUCUGCUGCAACUCCCAAAGCCCCGUCCAAGCUUCCAACGUUUGAGGAGGUCAAGGCCAUGGAUGCCGGCAAUUUCUUAUCCAAUAUGCCGAAGCCUAGGCGCACCGGUGCCUUCAAUCAACCUGGUGGCGGCGGAGGGUCAUCUGAUGGCUCGCAAUCCGCCAAGCCAAACCCCUUUGCCUCGCGUGCACCAAAGCCAAACCCGUUUGCCUCUCUGUCUGGAUCCAGUACCGGCGGAAAUACAACGACAGGGAACACGGCAGAGGCAAAGACGAACCCCUUUGCCGGAGCAGUUCAACUCGCCAGUAAUGCAACGACGAAUGGGAAUACAGUGUCGGGAAAUGCGUUGCUCAUGAAGCCGAAUCCGUUCGGCCCCGUGUCUGAGUCUAGCGCCAAGCCAAACCCAUUCGCAUCACUCUCUUCGCCUGGAAGCAGCGCAGCGAUACCACCGGCGAAUGCUCCUUCGGCAUUGUCUGGACCCAAUGGUGCAGGGGCGAUCCCCGGGUUUGGACCGGCCCUGGGUGGGCAGAACGCAUCGCCGCAGAUCGCCACGCCGUCAGCAGUCACCAUUCACGGUCAAACCAAUGUGCUCGGCGUUCCCGCUGCGGCUUCACCGAUGCCUUUCGGGACGUCGCCUACCGCCAUCUCGUCGUCGCCCAUUGCCGCCGUCGGCGGCGAGCAAAUCCAGCAAUUCGCGACCUCCGAGAGUGUUCCGCCACUCACCGCCGUGUCAGGAGUGCCUCCAGUUUCUCUAGCAGAGGCCGCAGAGUGGUAUGUUAAGGGGGACAACGGGCUCGUCGAAGAUUUCAUAAUCGAUUCCAUCAGUCGGAUCACCAAGGAUGCCUUCGACACAUUCGAACAGGAAGCAGAGGAGCAGCAACGCCUCGAAGAAGAAGAGCGCGUCAAUGCAGAAGUUGAGACGUUUCGAGUCUACAACCUACGCUUGAAAUUCUUUUACCGCUGGAAACGAAACGCCAGGGAGAAACGCCUGCCGCGACGUGCCGCCGAGCGCGACGCAAAAAAGGCGACGGCCGACGCGGAAGAGCGUCGAACCGGGUCAGCCGCUCCGAACAGACCAGAGGAAUUUAUGAACAUGGUCAAGUCGAAGAGAACGAGCAAUCGCGAGGCAAGGGUAUCUUUGCUCGCCAGCGGGGUUUUGUCCGGCAUAGCCCAGGAACGAGAGGCGGCCAAGAUGAUCGUCAACGGCGGCUCCAUAUCGUCAGACUGCUCGCAGUCAAUCAGCAGCCAGUCACUUGAGCUUUCUCUAGCCCCAGCCAAGGAGGGCCCCAAGACGCGCGCAUUACGAAAACUUUACUUUGGCCAGCCCGAGAGGUUUCGACGCUCACUGCCGUCCAUGUCGAGUAACAGAGACACCCCGGAUGACACGAAUCGUCCCAGCAACGCGUCGUCGCGCUGGAGGCUGAAGGCCAUGGGGAUCGUGCAGCUACCCGACGGCACAGCCGUGCCCGAGUCUUUGGCGAAUGAAAUGGCAUCCAAGAUGCCUCGGCAUCCACGAUCGGCGGCGUCAUGGACAGCUCGACGGGUCUCGGCCACUGACGCAAUCGAGGCCGGGUUACAACGCUUCAUACCAUCAUCAACCACGCGGGAUGGGUCAAGCAUGAGCGCCGCCGAGAGCAGUCCGCCGACCAACAAGAGGAAGAAGCCUUCGGGCCAAGAUAAAGACAUCCCGAUGAGCGGCAGUGCGGAGGGAAGCGCCAAUAAGCGAAUCAUGAGCUCCACGGAGAAGGCCCGCCUGGAACCCGCAGCGGAGACGUCGCUGAUGAACAAGAGGAAGCGGUCCGCAAGCGACGACAACGAGGAGACGAGAGAGAAUGGCGAGACGGAGGGAAACUCGCACAAGCGAAUCAUGAGCGAUGCCGAGAAGAUCCGAACGGAGCUCAGAGCCCUCCGGGCCGAGCUGGAGGAAGGGACCGAAUGGUUCAGGGCUCAGUACCAAAGGUUUCGAAGCGAAUCCGAGACGGGAACACCCUGGUACGAUGACAGCAUGUAG